AUGGCGGACUUAGCGGGAACAGGCCUCGUUACAAGCAGACUCGGUAUAACGAGCAAGGCGCUGUUUUCCAGCCCCGGGGAAAAGCCAUCAGGGGGGCAGUCGGCGGGCCUGGCGGAGCGGGAAGCAGGGGGGAGCAGGUUCGGCGGGGCAGGCGCAACCUACCCUGCUGCUCCCACCGUUCAGACGCUCGUCGUGGUUCGGCACGCCGAGCCUAUUGACGAGCAGGACGACGGCUGGGCAGCAGGCUCGGACCGACCCUGGGACCCGCCGCUGUCCGCGCGAGGCGCCAAGGCGGCGGAGGAGGUCGGGCAGGCACUCAGGGCGCGGGGCUUUGGCGCGGCGAGGGGUGGCGGGGGGAAGGCGGUCGACGAGGGGAAAGCACCGGCGGAAGGGAAGCAGGAAGGGGAGGGGGAGAACGAAAGGGAGGGCAAGAAAGAGGGCGCUGUGAUGCGCGUGGUGGUGUCGCCGUUUCGCCGCUGCGUGCAGACGGCCGUUCACCUAGUGGCGGGGCUGCUGAGCUCACGCACGGGGGUAGGGGCGGAGGGGGAAAAGGGGGAGGCGGACAGCGCAGGCGAGGGGGCGGUGGCGUCGGAGGGAUUGCAAAGGGCGGAGGGACAGGCCCAAUUGGAAGCUUCGCUUCCGGGUGUCACUGUCACGGUGAGGCGCCUAGCCAUCUCCCUCCUGCAUUCCUUCCCCCGUCCCCGUACACCCCCCCUCUCCCCCUCUGCUCCUCCUCUCCAUCCCCCGUCACCUCAUCUCUCUCUUUCCCUUCUCUGUCCUCCCUUCCCCCUCGUUCCCUUCUCUGUCAUCCCAUCCCUCUCUCCUCGCAUCCCUCUCUAUCCCGUCUCUCGCUGCUCCUCCUCGUUCUCCUCUCUGUCCCCUAGCUCCCCAACUCUCACCACUCCCCGUCCUCCGUCCCAGCUCCCCUAUUCUUGCCGAGCCCUCACUCGUGUUUCCGCUUUUUCCUCCCUGGGCCCCUACUCAUGCCUUUCUCCUUUCCUUCUUCCGCCAACCCCGCCGCCCCUUUUCCCCCGCUUCCGCCCACAGGUGUCAUUCACCCCCGCCCUGGCUGAGGUGAUGAACACACGCGCCCUGAGGCGCUGCACGGAGGAGCGCCCACCAGCGGCGUCCAUCCCACACAGCAGCGUGGCGGAGCAUGCAGGGCUGGCGGCAGCAGUGGAGGCAGCAGCAGCAGAGGCGCGCAGCAAGGGUUGGGUUCUGGGGGAAGGCGACCUGAAGGCGCUCUUUCCCCCCGGCACCACCUUCUUGCCGCUCCCUGCGUUCUCUAGUGCUGGUGGCGCUACUGCUGCCCCUGGAGAGGGGAGGGCAGGCAGGAGUGUGCAUUCUGAGUUCCCCAUCUUCCCGGAAUCGCUCGAGAGUGCACGGGAGCGUUUCAUGCAGGCCUUUGAUGACGUGGCAGCGCUCUUCCCCAGCGACAACAUCCUCUGUGUGACACAUGGCGACGCCGUAGCGGCCAGCGUGGAACGCUUAGCGCCCGUCACUGUCGUCGCUGUCGAUUUCUGCGGCUACUCCUGGUCGCAGCGCCGUGCUGCACCGCUCUACACCCAUCCCAGCCGCCUCCACCAUGAUUCUCACCACUCGCACCACCAUGCCUCCCUGCCGCCACUGCCCCCGCCCCCGCCCCCGCCCCCCACUCCUGCGAACGAGCCUGAGAGUCUUGAUGGUGAGGAGGCAGGGGUGGGGGGAUCCAGACAAACUGUGUCAGCCAGUUUUGCCGCAGCUGUAGUAGCAGCAGGUUCGGAGACCGAGGCUGCUGCUGUGGCGGCGGCGGCUGUAGCGGCUGUAGCAGGGCUACAGAUUAGCAGACGAGGUGGGCUGGGUGGUGUGGUGGAAGAGGGGGAAGAGGAGGUGGAAGGGGAGGAAGGUGGGGACGGUUCGGACGGCAGGAGUGGGGGAAAGCAGGGGGCGUUGAGUGACAGUGUGGUGAUUGUAGGGGGGUCGACGGCUUCUGAUAUAAGCACGCACGAGAGUGAGGACGACGAUAAGGACACAGUAAACAGCAGCAUUGACGUGGGGCCUUCGCUCUCCGAGGUAGCUGAAGGGGAUGAGGGGGAGGAGAGGGGGGCGGGGGAGGAGGGAGAGGAGGUGGGGAGUGAGAGUGGGCAGGAGGGGUUGGGAGGGAGAGGGAGAGGGGAGGCGAGGAGGGGGGGAGGGAUGGAGGUGGGGGAGUGGGAGCUGCUGACGAGUUCCGGGUCCACUGGAGUGUGCUGGAUCUCCAACAUCGCUCUUGCUGCAAGGGAUGAUGAAACACCCACCAAGGGGCUGGCCUCCUAG